GGAUUGUAUUACAUGGGCACGCAACAUGUCAGAAACCAAGCAAUCAGAUAAGGGAUAUAUAGAUGUUCAGGAAAGUAACGUGUGGGUGAGGCUGCGGCGAUGCCAGACCUGCGUAGAACCUGGCGUCAAGUUCAGUAGGCAGUGUAAUAGAUCUCAUCCGAGUCAACGUCAAGUUCCUCACGCUUCCCCACAUCUUGCGCGGGGUACGCUACAGCAUGAACCACAGCGACGAUGGACGCGAGCAUGCUGAAGACAAGAGAAAGCUUUUCGUUACGAGGUCCGCUCAUGACUCAGGUCACCUGAAUUGGUUGAAGCCUUAUCCACUCAAAACUUUUGAAAAGGGAUUGUU